CACGUAUUCAGGCUAUUGUCGAUAAUCUAAAUAAAAUUGAUUUGUUGAUUCGUAAAGCUCAAAAUGUUAACAAAGGAAAGGUAAGAAUAAAAAAGUGACCACUUUUGACAUUGAGUUACAAAAUAAAGAUUUGUUGAAAGUGUUCCUGUGCGGUUUGAGCAAGAACAUGUUAACUGGAGGAGUAUCAUCAUUAUCUGUUACAAUCUACGUAAUUCUAGGUUUAUGCACGGUUGGACAUGGAAAAAAGAUCAUCAGCAACACUAAGGAUGACGACGCAUCAGCUUCAAAGUCUUUAACAUCCUUUUAUAAUGGAACUGUUUCACCCCUGGCGAAUCUUUCAUCUAUCAUAUUUAGAAACUACGACUCCGGUGUCCGCCCGUAUUGUACAGGGGAGGAAGAGAUAGUUGAUCUCUCAGUGGACUUAGCUGUCCGACAACUUAUUGACCUUGAUGAACCAAAUCAGAUUGUGACAAUGAAUGUUUGGAUGCGUUUGGCUUGGAGGGAUUGUCAACUAACCUGGGAUCCAAAUGAAUUUGAAGGCAUCACAAUACUUCGAGUGCCUUAUUCCAGAUUAUGGAUUCCUGAUAUAGCGUUAUAUGAAAGGGUCUCGGACGAAUUUUACGGACUGAAGGAUUAUCCUGUUCAACUUCAUUCAGAUGGAUCGGUCGAAUACAAUUUUCCAUCUACCGUACAAGUAGUCUGUAAUGUCGACGUAACCAAUUUCCCGUUUGACACUCAAGUUUGUCCACUUCAAUUUAGUUCUUGGACAUACCACGGACUUCACCUGAAUAUCACAUCAAACAACAUGGCCGCCGACUUAAGUAAUUUAAAAGAAAAUGUAGAAUGGAUAAUAAGAGAAGGACCUGCUCAUAGACGUGUGACGUAUUUUGAAUCUAUGCCAUAUCCAUAUCCAGAUGUUACAUUUAACAUCGUCCUCGAGAGAAAGCCAGGUUAUUACGUUACAAAUAUACUGGCACCUUCAUUAUUGAUCACAUGUGUCGCUAUUCUUGGUUUUCUGCUUCCUGUUGACAGUGGAGAAAAGAUUGGUUUGGAGUUGACAGUCAUGUUAGCAAUAUCAGUGUUCCAGUUACUCGUGGCAGAUAAACUACCGCCAUCAUCGUUCAGUACACCCUGGAUAGUUGUCUACUUCAAUUUUACACUGUUCCUUUCUGGAAUAGCUUCGUUUAUACAAGUCAUUGUCUUAAAUCUUCAUCAUCGUACAGAUCAACAAAUGCCUGAAUGGAUUGUUUUCAAUGUGCUGCAGCCACUAGCAACAAUAACAUUAAUCGAUGUGCCAGGAUUUACAGCUUGCAGAUGUAUAUCUAAACAGGAUGAGAACAUGAUAAAGCAGAAGAUAUUUAUCCCAGAAGAUGCCCAGCUAUGGAUAUUAUUAGCAAAGUGUGUUGAUAGACUUGGUCUCGUGCUGUUCUUGUUGACAUUAUCAGUCGGUACAGGGAUAAUUUUUGCAUCUUUUUAAACGAAGGAGCACCAUUCGUCUCAACUUGGCCGCUUCCGAGAGUAGCGGAAUCUACCGAGGAUGGCCGAUUGGAGGGAGCAAAUGUGUUGAUGAACAAAUAUAUUGCAUAUCCUGUCUCAAGUUUAAAAGAAACUAUCGAUCACUAUCAUUGACCAGUGGAAAGUUGAUGCAUGAUUCAUUUAUAUAUAAUCUCACUCUUGCUGAUUUUAUUGUAUGCAUUGUCGUGUUAUCUCAUUUUGAAUCGUCAGAGACUAUUAUUGUUCUUAAUUAAUUUAGUGAUAAAGAAAGUUUAGUAUUCUGUGUAUGUCUUUGUUUAUUGUGUGUGUGUCUGUGUUUAUUAUGUGUGUGUCUGUGUUUAUUCUGUGUAUGUCUGUGGUUUUUUUUAGAGAAUCUGUGUAUGUCUGUGUUUUUUUAGAGAAUCUAUGUAUAACCAUGUAUUUGUAAAAAAGUGUGUUUGAAUGUACAAGAUAAACGUACUUUUAAAGUGUAAAGAUAGGUUUUUAAUUACAUCAUUUUUUGAAAUACCUUUUUAUCACAUUAGUUUAGUUUUAUGUUUUGAAAGGACUUUCAUAACAAUAAAUUUUAAAACCUUG